AUGACUUCUCUCCUCACCACCCUCGGCCUCCGGGCCUCCCAGGAUGCCAGGACCUCAAACUAUGGCCCCGUCUUCCUAACAUUCCAUUUCUUCUACGCCUAUGGCAUUCUCUCCUCUCGCACCUUGAAACAAUGGUACGGCAUCGACCACCAAGCUUCGCCUCGCGAAGAUCUAGCCAAAUACGGCGAGGCUGCGGUGCGUGAUGGCAAGAUGACGCGCAAGCAGCUCGACAUGCUCAAACGCAAUGAGUCGGCUCAUGCUAAUUCUGUCGAAAACUUCCCUUUGCUCGUCGCAGGUGUGCUUUUUGCAUCUCAUGCUGGUGUCCCGGCACACAUUAUCAAUGCUGCUUCGCUGUCGUAUACUUUGGCGCGCAUUUUGUACGGUGCUGUUUACAUCUUGAUCGACCAUCCGAAGUGGAGUCAGAUUCGGGGAUUGGCGUGGUGGUGGGGCAAUCUGAGUUGUUUGUUCCUCUUGUGGAAAUCUGGGCAGUUGUUGGCUUGA